CUAGAUACACCCCAUCACCAUGGCCAAGUUCCAAGUUAUCCUCGUGGUUGCUAUCCUCAGCCUGCUGGCCCUUUCCGAGGCCCAGCAGCAGCGCUACUCGCAGCGGUUGAGCCGCGGACGCUCGCGGUACUCCGCUCGCCAGGAACUGGCUCCUGCGGACGGAGGUGUUCCGGAUGCCGUGACCCCCUACCCCUCGGCCGACGAACUGAAGCCGGAAGUGCCCUUCGACGAGGCCGCCGCCCCCUCGGCCGCCGAGCCCGUCCCGGAUGCCGUCUACGGACCGCCCGACGCCGCGCCCAACGCCGUUCCCGACGAGGUCUACGGCCCCCCGGACGCGACCGGAAACGAUCUGCCCGCCGCCGCCGACAUUCCGGCGGAGCAGCAGGCCCGUUUGGUGGCUGCCAGGCGGGCGGCCAACUACCGCAGAGCCGCCCAGCCCGUGGCCUACCGUCGUGUGGCUUCCGCUGCAGCUCGCCCGGCCAAGUUGAGGGCUGUCCGCUCCAACGUGCGACGAGUCUAGGUGGAUUCCAGGGACAACUCAAAACAAAAACCCAUGACGAUCCAAACGAGCCACGAUGACGACAAAGAAACACAUGCUCACACUUUUUCCCACCACCCACACAAAGACAUACACAAAAGAACCCUACUCGAUUAAAUAAUCAAAUGCAAAUAAAUAAAGUUUUGAG